AACCCGCCAUUGUAAAGCAUGAAAAAAUUCAAGACUCAAUCAAAGAAUAUUGUUGAGAGAUUAUACUUUUGAUCCAUAUUACGUUCUUGGUCCGCCAUCUUAUUGGGUUAAUCCCAUCAUUGGUGCUUUCAUUGAGAUUUAUCUGUGAGAUAAGGCUGUGAGAUUAUGGCCGGACGAAGGACGAGACGUAACACUGCUGCUUCCGCCCAGUCAACGGUGAGGAGUGACAACCCUGAACAGGGCUCUUCUAGGUCCAUCCGGUACCCGGGACAUCCCUGCUGGCAACCCUGCCAGGUCCUGCGUACUGCGAGUUCUCCUAUCCUCAAGGAGCUCCCUGAUCCGGAUGAGGUUGAAAGGGAGAGGCAAGCCAUUGCAAGAUGCCGGGCGGAGGAAUUGGCCCGGAAUAACAGGGUGAAUGAAGGCCGGGCUAAGGAUGCAAGCCAGAUCGUCGGCGAUGGAAACGAGAACCCGCGGGGAUCUGUCUUUGAAAGGAUAUCUCGCCAGAAAGCUCACGUUAGUGAGAGGCUGGGGAAGAAUCCGGAUAAGGCACCCUAGGGUUGGAUACGACCCCAGGCCAGCCAGGUGGCAUCUUCUAACCGUGAACCCCGGUAGCGAAAUAGCCGUGGUGGGAGCCAAGUGCUAGUCUGGUCAUUCGUGAAUCUGAAGGAGGGCCUAUUGCUUCCAUGCAGUCAGCAAGAAGGAGGUGGGGG